AUGUUAAAUAAAUUUUUUGGAUUUUCAACUUAGCUACUUAAAAUUUCUAGAGAGAGUAAAAUUUACUUUAGUUUCAAUGUCGUAGGUUCAUUUGAUUACAUUUAAAUGAUCAGGAAAAUGAAAGACUACUCUGAUCCAAAGAAUAAUGAAUAGAUCAAUAAUCUUGUUAAUGAGUUUUAGGGCUAGAUUGAAAACACUAAUAGGCAAGCAGAAUAAUACUUUAGCUAUGGAAAAUUAAAAGAUGCAUAAGUUGUCUUAUAAAACAAUAGUAAAGCUCUUUAAGAUUUACUCUAGGAUAGUAAAUUUUAAGAGUAGCCAUACAUUGAUAAUUUAAAUCUAGCAAGCGCAAAAACUAGUAUGCUCCUUGGAGAUUGUUAUAUCAGAUAAUCUAAUUUUGAUUAAGCAGAUUCAUCUCUGUUGUAUUCCCUAAAUAUUUUAUAAAAUAUGAACUCUAAAAUCUUGAAUGUAUAAAUAAAUUUGUUAGAUGCUUAUGUUCUGCUAUAUUAGUACAAUUUAUACUCAAUAUUUGAUGAUAAAUUAUUAAAGGAAAUUGAAGAUAAAAUCGAUAAUCUUAUGAAAUAAUCGCAAUAGAAUGAAUAAUUAUCACAAAAGUACUCAAUAUUUAAAAUGAAAUAUUUGGAAGAAGAUUAAGAGGAAGUUGAUAAAUUGUUCAAACAACUGAAUUAACAAGAGUAGUCAUCUACAGAUCUAACUAAUUUUUUGAUGAAAUAAGCAAUGAAUAAAGGAAGCUCAAAAUCUGCACUAUAUUACUGUUAUUAGUUAUUAAAUUCUCUCGUCCAAAACUAAGAUCCAAAUCAUCAUUUAUUUGAAGCAUCUCUAACUAAUUAUUUUGCUUUGAGUAGAGAAAAUUAAUAAUAAGCCUAAUAUUAAGAUUUAAUAUAAAGAAUUAAAACCAAAUUCUUUAACAAAGGACUUGAUGCAUUAGAAAAGAUAAUAUAAUUUGAGGAAAUAUUGAAUUAAGGUUUAUCAGCAUUAAAUACUUAGUAAGACAUAGAAUAAAUAUAAAAUUUGAUUGACAAGUUAGAGGUUAUAAAAUUUACAACAGGAUCCAAAUAUCAUAGAUAUGCUGUUUUUAUGUUGCUGGGUUUGAAAAGAGAAUUAAAGGUGAUUUAAUCUCAAAUUAUUUGA